UACUGACUUUACCCUUCAGGCUACUACAAUGCAAAGGCAAUGCCAAGUAGUGGAGCAGUAAACUUCAUGCAGUCGUAUUUGUGUGAUCUUGAGACGGCUUGUAUUCCAGGAAACAGUAGCACUAUAGAAAGCAAUGCUGUUCCUAGCUAUGCAGGAGCAAGUGUCUCUCAAGUAUUCGAUACGCUUGAGCCGAUUCUCAGUAACGAGAAUGUCACGGAUUCUUUAAAUGAUAUAUCUGGGAGCAUAGACACACUGAUGGGCCUAGCAAACGCCCUUGAAGCAGGCAUAAACAUCACAGAUAUUGACUACAGAGUUGGAGAUUUAUUCAAGAACGAAUCACACGUGGCAUGGUUUUUAGAAAAUGUAAUAGAACUUGACCCGGAUGUAGUAGAUGCAUUUUUAAAUUCCAGUAUCAACAUCAAUCAGUUAUUGGAACUGACGGGAUACGUCGAUUUUUAUCGCAUCACGUGCAAUGAGACGGAAUUGAUGAAAUACCUGAGUUUCCCAUACGGGUCUGAUCCUAGACAAAUUUCCAAGGAACUUUGUAGAAUCAACGUCACAUCAAUCCCAGCUAUCAUUGGAGAGUUUCAGGAACAGCUGAACAUAGAAUACCUCCUUUUACAGUUUGCAAGAUUCACGUCAGCAGUCUCAGGCAACGAUUGGUACGAUUGGAUCGCUGCCAUUGAGGACGCCAUUAAUGUUUUAGAAAACCUGGAUGCUUUUCCUGAACUUCAGGUGUUUAUCAAAGAGGCGUCGGCUUCAUAUGAUAUGUUAAUUGCGGUACGAGACGUUAUGAAAGUCGUUGAAGACAUUCAAAGUGGUGAAUUUGAAGUCAACUACGAGACAAUGAUGCGUUCCGUUACGCUGAUGGAUAGAUGGUUCGGCGAUGAAGGUUGGUGGCUGGAUCUUAAAGAUAGUGUCAUGUCUAUGCUGGAUUUUGUAUAUGAAAACGAAGAAAAAAGAAACACUACAGAAUUGGAAGAUCUAUUUAGAGAAAAUAGGUUAAAGACAAUCCUAGAAGAACACUUUGGCGAAGCACAUCAUGUUUUACAAGCCUUUAUGAACGCAUCGAUAAAUCUUCAUUCGCUACUAGAGUUAAUUGAAAAAGACGGCAGUUGGCUUACGUCACAGAGUUUUUGCAAUGGUAGUUUAAGCCUUACAGAUUUCCUAGAGUUUGAUCCAAAAGUGAACGUUACAUGGAUUCAACAAGAUUUUUGUAGGGCUAACGUCACUCAAUUUUGGCAAGAUCUUAUUUCAGGAAUGGAUGCAGUACUCAUUGCAAAAGAGACCAAGGAAUAUUUGUCAAAUAUGGAAGAUGGCCUUGACUGGGGAAUAAUUCUACGUAGCUUAUUCAACUUUACUGAACGUUCUGAUCUUCCCGAGAUAUUCGGUGUUGACCUCAAAUCAAUGAAAUCAAUGAUGGACGACGAUAUAGUGCAAACGUUUAUCGAAAUAUUAUUUACUAACAAAUCAACUCAUGAUUGGUUUAAAGAACAAAGUUUGAAUGGAAGUUGGACAACCGGGCUGAACAGUAGCUUUUAUCAAAUCGAUCCAGAGUUUGUUUACAACUUAAAUUCAAUCAUCGUCAAUUUGAAUGAUAUGAUCAAUGUUCUGAGAGAACAAUUGUCCGAUGCUUGCCCUGAGGUCGAUUCUGAUACAGUUGAAACAUGUGAAACAGAGUGUGAAACGCACAAAGAGUGUGCGACGGGACGUAUUUGUUGCCCAAAUGGAUGCGGUACAUCAUGCAUUGAUGAAGAAUCUCCUGAACUCCGAAAGUUUAUUGACGGCGUUUUCGGACUGUUAGAUGAACUAUCAUUCCUUCAAAAAAACGGUAGUCUGACUUCAGAUGAUCUGAAUAGGAUAAUGCGGGAGAUUGUAAGUCUGCGGUUUGAUGCGUUCGUGUGCAACUCCUCUGCUAUUGUAGCGGCUUUCGGCCCUUCAGCAUCCGCUGAUCUCGCUACUGAUCUGAACACAAUUUGUGACGUCAACAUAACUACUUUACUUCUGGAAGCCUCAAGAGAAUUCAAUGUUGAACACUUCAUAAUGACGAUUGAAAAUCUCUUCCUUGAAAUGCCAUCAAACUAUAGUGGAGAGCGCAUCUCCUUUGAAGAAUUUGUGCAUGGCUGUGAAAUGCUUGUGGGAAAUCUACUGAUUUAUCCUGAAAUACUUACAGAAAUCGAAAGCCGAUACAAUUUGACACUUAACGAAUUACUGGAUUUAAUUUUGGUGUAUACGGUGCCAGAAUACGAUCCGACAAAUAUGAUGAGUAUGUUUAAUAUCGAGGAACUGAUUGCAAUAUUUAUCGGCAACCACACCAGCUUAUAUUAUGCUACACUGAGAAAUCUCCAUUACAACAAUUACAUGACGUCACUCCAAAUUAAGUUCAUUCGAAUGCUGUAUGGACUUGAAAUCCGUAUCCCAACAUUGGAAGGCAUUCUUGUUAAUGCAACUGAAACUCGAAAGUUAAUAAAAGUGACUUACAUUGUACCGGAAGUCGCUGAUCUUCUACUCAGUUUAACAAUGGAUCCCGCUAAAAUGGUGACGUUCCUUUCAACACCAUUUCCAUUUCAUCAUCUAUGCGAGACAGGUAACUUUAGCAGCUAUUUUGCACUAUCCGAUCUGUCAACGACAAACGUUCAUGCGGUAGAACAACAGUUAUGUGCAAUUGAUGUUUCCCUAAUCAUAACAGAACUAGCAGAAAUAGUUAACCUGGAUGAGAUAAUGCACCAGAUAUUUCUCAUGAUGAACACAAGUAUAGUACCCCCGCCGUACAACUUGACAGAAACAUUGCUGAUCCAAGAGCAGUCAAAUGCAGCAUAUGCAGAAUUAUUUUCAAAUCCUCCCCGUAUAACUCUGGAUGAGGAAUGGCUUGAAACAACACAGGCAAAACUAACAACUGUGGCUGAAAAUUGGCUUGAAGAAAUUUCGACAAAUGCUCUAGACACUGAACAAAUGGCCGGGCAACUUACUAUGCUGUUUUCUAACGAAUCUUGGUAUAAGGAGUUCCACAAUUAUUUGAGUGUUGCUGUUCAUGUCAAUACCGUAUUAAAUCAACAGCUCGUUAAGCUUAAUGGAACCACUAUUGAUCUUCCAAAACUCGAAUCGCUGUUUGUAGACGAAUCGGAGAUCAGAGACUUUCUCGAACUUGCAGACAUUCUUCCCGAGAUCAUUGAUGUUUUCUUAAGUCUGACUAUAUCUUCAGAUAAGUUUAUCGAACUGCUUAUGAUGGAGGAGCCAUUCACGGUCAUUUGUGAGGAAGGUGACUUUAGUGUAUAUUUCACCUUGCCCUCCGAAUCCAUGACUGAUCUUGGAGAGGUUGAACAAGCUAUCUGUAGUAUUAAUUUAACAGCGCUGCAAGAUCAACUACUCCAUGUUUUUGGUAUAACAGAUGAAAUCAAUGAGGAUGAAGACCUGGCAGCCCUUUUUGCUACGGCAUUGGAGCUAUCAGAAACAAUACAGCAAUUAGUAAAGAACCCAUCAAAGUUUGACGUUGAUAUGGUAUGGCUAGAAACAACACUUACAGAACUUUCAAGUGUAUAUGAACAAUGGAUUACCAGGCUUACCCAGCAAGAAGACAUGCAAAACAUGCAGAAAGAUCUAGAAAGUUUACAGAGUUUACUAAAUGCUCUUAUGGAAUUAGAUGACUGGGAAGCAAUAGAGAGAGCGUUGGUGGUUACGCAGCAGAUAAUAGCUUACCUAGACGGUGAGAUUCAAGACCUACCAGGUCGUAACUUAACAUUUGAUGACAUAUUUCCACCUGCAACUGCAGAAUAUCUUGAGAUCAUCUUCGACCUAAGCCCAGAAAUAAUUGCUCUGCAGUUGGGUACGGAGAUCAAUACGGAAGCUUUUAUGGCACUUCUUGAGAAUGAAGAUCCUUUGAAAGAGAUUUGCUCAGAUGUGGCGGUUAUCGAAAGUUUGGUAGUCGAUGUCGUUGAGGGUGUUAAUCUAACAGAACUACAAAUUGCACUUUGCUCUCAAAACCUAACUCUACUAGAAAAAGAGUGGACAGACCUAUUGGCAACAUACCAUAAACUACUUGAGGCGCACUCAGCUUUCAACCUCACCGAGAGCAUUGUUGUGAUAUCGAAUUUCGUGAAUUCUUUAACAACACUUUUUGAAAACCCAGCGAAAUUUGAAAUGUACAGCGAAGAAUGGUAUAUUCACCAGUUGAAUGCAACACUACACUUGUUAGCAGGUUUACAAAAUCGAUAUUCACUUGAAGAUCUUAGCAAAACUGAAACAAAUCUGGAUAUGUUGAGUUUCUUUUUAGAUGAAAGCACAACAGCACUCAUCAACGAAUCUCUGCAUACGGCUUUGAGGAUUCAGGAGAUGUAUUUAUCAGGAGAAAUUAGUCUCAUAGAUAUUGCAAACUAUACUGAAGAAUAUUUUGAAGAUGCUGGAUUACGAGAGCAUGUUCAGCCGUAUAUAGAAAUUUAUAAUUUGAUACUCGAAUCAAUCAUAAAGGAAACACAUGAACAAGGACGUAUACUGCUUGAUCUGUUUAACUCCAGUGUUCCUUUAGAAACAUUAUACAAACAGAUGGAUGUACCCGUGGGAGAACUAGAGGCUACUCUUCUUACUCAGUUCGUCUCUAUAUAUGAGCUUGCUCAUAUCUACAAUUAUGGUAUGUGGAAUGAUGUGUUCUGCGAUCCGGAGAACUUUCGACUGACGUUAAUAUUUAACGAUAUAGAACCAUUCAACAUCACGGCGGUUCAACAAUCAAUGUGCAAAAUGAACACGACGGCCUUCUUCAUUCAUGCAAGUAAUGCACACAAUAUAGAUGUACUCGCACUGGUAGCACAGAUUGAUAGAAUUAUAUACCCAUCAGAGAAGACUCCACUGGAAGAUUCCGAAUGGGAAGAUGUUCUUGAAAGGACAAUAGAAGUAGUGGAACUACUUUCCUGGCUUAGUAACGUUUAUAGCAUGCCAGGAGAUGACGACUAUACAGAUAUUCUUGCGCGGCUUAUGGCGUUACAGAACGAGCAAAAUUCACAAAACAUGAAAGAUUUAUUAAAAAUUAUCGAGGAUGUUCUUCCGUAUCUCAAUGAUGAUUACUCUUGGAUAAAGGAAUCAAUCGGGUCAGCUGAGCACACAAUGAAUCUUAUAACACACUAUCAAAAUAUCAGGUAA